CGCCACUGCUUCCCCGGUCCCGCCCGGUCGCCGCGCGUCGCGAUGGAGGCGGCGGGGCCCACGGGCCGCGGCGGGCCCUCGGCGGCGGGCAGCCGGGCCCGGUACAGCACAGGCACGCUCGAGCUAGUGAGAGCGAUGAUGGAGGAGUUGCAGGUGACGCAUUCCCAGAAGCGAUACCUGAUGGACUAUGUGAAACGAGGAGAUGCCCUGCCCCUUCAGAGAUUCCCCCCGUCCAGCAAACAGCCAGUGCCUGUUUCCUGCUCAGCAGCCCGUCAGCCACACAGGCUUCCAGCUAGACCACUUCUCCGUCCUGCCAAGGUCUGCCAGGCAGGAGAUGCCUACACCCGAGAGAAAUUCAAGCCACAGCCCACACGAGAUUUGGAAAAGGAGAAGAGAAGACUUCAAAACAUCUUAGCAACAGGGAAGGAUGAGGUGGACGAUGAGGUGGAGCAGGUGUUCAUUCAGAAAAAGGAAGAGGAGAUAGCUGAGCCUGACCGGUUUGAAGAAUUGAUGAAUGAAAUUCAAGAGAGGAGGGAAUUCCUGGCAGAAAUGGAAGCUCUAGGACAGGGCAAGAAGUAUGAAGGGAUCGUCCUCACUGAAAUCUCACAGAAAUUGCAUGAGAUGGAGAUCAUUGACAAGAAGAGAAGUGAGGAAACGAGAAAUAUCAUGACAAAAGCCUUCCCUGUUGGGAACAAAUCCAAUCUCCAAGACUAGGCCAAGGGCAAAACACAAGUGGAAUUUGUUCC